AUGUCGCAACCCAACGUCAAUGAUUCUCCCUCCCGAGAACACCGAUCAAGACGAAGACAUGAUGAGGAGGCUGGAUACAGUUCCGUUUCGAUGGCACCUCCAACGCCAACGCGGCAUUCUCGCGGACCCUCAAAGACAUCCUUCACGGAGACGCUCCCUUCGCCGCUGACACCCACCCAUACCAAUGAGCAAAUGGCUCAACCAUUACGAGCAGGAGGAGGAGAGAUACAUCGGAAACGCAGUCUGAUCCGUCCAGAGCGAAAUAGAAUCGAUCGCGAUCACCCAAACUAUCAUUACCGGCAACAUGCUGCGAACAUGCCUGUCCAGCCCUCUUCAACGGGAAAUGACCCAAUAUAUGAAGACUUGGAGGCCGACGCCGCAGCUACAGAGACCUCUGGACUCCGAUCGUCCAACGAGGCCGAAUCCGAUGCCUCCCCUCCUAUGAAGAAGAAAAGCAGACGGGGCCGUGGCGCCGGACCAGACGAUAUCGUUUCUACCGAGAAGGCUGGGCAUGGGGCCCGCUCUGGUGGCAACAAGUUGACCAGAGAGAGAACGCCAAAGAUGACCAAGGAAGAGAAAGAAAGACAAAAGGCCCUAGACACUGUGAAGCCACCAAGUCUAUGGAACGUAUACUGUGCAUUUGUUACUUUCUGGUGUCCCGACUUUGUCCUCAAAUGCUUUGGAUUUAAUUCGAGAGCACAACAAAGAGCAUGGAGGGAAAAGAUGGGCUUGAUCAGUAUCAUCCUUUAUAUUAUGGGUUUUGUGGGUUUCUUGACCUUCGGAUUCACGGCGACUGUUUGCGGCACCCAAUCUGUUCGAUUGCGUGUAAAUGAAGUUGGUGGAGGAUAUAUGAUCUUCCAUGGGAGUGCGUAUGACUUGUCAGAAUCUCAUCAUCCUGCUGCUAAAGGAAUCACCGACAAUGCGAACGUCCUAUACGAUUUGACAGAAAAGCAUGCCGGCCAAGACGGCAGCUUCUUGUUCCAGAACGUAAAUGGAAAAUGCAAGGACCUGAUCACCCUCUCGACCGGAUCAGAUGUUCCCACGAAUUCAAACAAAGAUCUUGCGUGGUACUUCCCCUGCACGACUUUCAAUCAGGAUGGGUCGACUGCUGUCAACAAGACCAUCCCCUACUACUUGGGAUAUUCAUGCCACACCAUCGCAGACGCUCGCACGGCUUUCUACGACCUUCGGAGCGCUGGUGAUGUUUAUUUCAACUGGGACGACAUCAAAAAUAACUCUAGGAAUCUAAUGGUUUACUCCGGAAACGUUCUCGAUCUGGAUUUGCUGAAAUGGUUCAACGGAACAGAAGUCACAGUGCCGUCACGAUUCGUCCAGCUGAGCGACCGGUCCACUGCUGCCAAUGCGGCGGUACAUGGAAAAGAUAUGACCCAUGCUUUUCAGACCAAGGACGAGAAGGCGAUGGCUCAAUGCUUCGAACAGAUUAUUAAGGUUGGAAGUGUGGAUACUGAAACUAUUGGUUGCAUUGCUUCCAAAGUCGUUCUCUACGUGUCUUUGAUCUUUAUCUUGGCCAUCGUCCUAGCCAAGUUCGUCCUAGCUCUCCUUUUCCAAUGGUUCCUAAGUCGUAAAUUCGCUGCUUCCAAAACUUCUCAGUCCUCUGAUCCAAAAAAGAGAAACCGUCAAAUUGAGGAUUGGUCAGAUGAUAUCUACCGAGCUCCCCCUAGAAUUCCUGGAGAUAUUGGAAGUACAGUAGCUGGGUCUGACAGGUUAAGCAAACGGGGAAGCACCUUCUUGCCAACAACUUCGCGUUUCACAAGCCCGUACGCACCAGAAAACCGAUUGUCCCGUGUUGGUCGCCCACCACCAACUACUAUGGCCAGCCAAACUUCGACUGCACAGCUAAUUGGGUCCAAGCCAAUGUUCAAUCAGGGAAACAGUAGCCGCACUAGCUUCUUGCGGACCGAUUCAAAUGGAUAUGGCGCUCAAACAGAUAUCGAAGGACCAGGCCCAGCAGGUUAUAUCCAUGAAGCCGUUGUGCCUCAGCCGCCUGCCGAUUGGCAACCGUUUGGUUACCCUCUUGUUCACACUAUUUGCCUUGUCACUGCAUACUCAGAAGACGAACUUGCUAUUCGGACCACUCUUGACUCGGUCGCCAUGACGGACUAUCCUAACAGUCACAAGGUCCUUCUUGUCAUUUGUGAUGGUAUGAUAAAAGGAAAGGGACAAACCAUGUCAACACCUGAAAUCUGUUUGAGCAUGAUGAAAGACCAUGCCGUUCUUCCUGAUGAGGUUCCGGCAUUCUCCUAUGUUGCAGUCUCAAGUGGAUCGAAGAGACACAACAUGGCCAAGGUUUACUCGGGAUUCUACGAUUAUGGUGCUAACUCGACCAUUCCCUCGGACAGGCAACAGCGUGUGGCAAUGAUGUGCGUGGUUAAGUGUGGUACACCCGACGAGGCAAGCAAGAGCAAGCCAGGUAACAGAGGCAAGCGCGACAGUCAAAUUAUCCUCAUGUCCUUUCUGCAAAAGGUCAUGUUCGACGAGCGUAUGACGGAGCUGGAAUUCGAGAUGUUUACCUGCUUAUGGAAGGUCACUGGGAUGAAACCCCAUUACUACGAGACUGUUUUGAUGGUUGACGCCGAUACGAAAGUGUUCCCCGACAGUUUGACGCACAUGAUUUCUGCCAUGGUUAAAGAUCCAGAGAUCAUGGGUCUUUGCGGAGAGACGAAGAUUGCCAACAAGAGAGCUACAUGGGUUUCUGCCAUUCAAGUCUUUGAAUAUUUCAUCUCCCAUCAUCUGUCCAAGUCAUUCGAAUCGGUUUUCGGUGGUGUCACCUGUCUCCCCGGAUGCUUCUGCAUGUACCGAAUCAAGGCACCAAAGGGAGGCGCGAACUUCUGGGUUCCUAUCCUGGCCAAUCCUGAUGUUGUGGAGCACUACUCUGAAAACAUUGUCGACACAUUGCACAAGAAAAAUCUGCUUUUGCUGGGAGAAGAUCGAUACCUCUCGACGCUCAUGCUUCGAACGUUCCCUAAGCGUAAACAAGUCUUUGUUCCACAGGCCGUAUGCAAAACUACCGUGCCUGAGGAGUUCAGCGUCUUGUUGUCUCAAAGACGUAGAUGGAUCAACAGUACCGUACACAAUCUCAUGGAACUUGUCCUCGUCCGGGAUUUGUGUGGUACCUUCUGCUUCAGUAUGCAGUUCGUUGUCGGUAUCGAACUUACUGGCACUUUGGUCCUCCCUGCCGCUAUUGCAUUCACCUUCUACGUCGUAAUCGACUCAAUCGUUCAUACGGUACAAGUCAUUCCACUCGUGCUCUUAGGUUUGAUCCUCGGUCUGCCCGGUGUUCUCAUCGUCCUCACAGCUCACCGCUGGUCGUACGUCGUCUGGAUGUUAAUCUACCUGAUCUCCCUGCCCAUCUGGAACUUUGUCCUCCCUACCUACGCGUUCUGGAAAUUCGAUGACUUCUCGUGGGGCGAUACCCGCAAGACGGCCGGUGAAAAGACCAAGAAAGCGGGGAUUGAGUACGAAGGCGAGUUUGACAGCUCCAAGAUCACGAUGAAGCGAUGGGAUGAGUUUGAGAAGGAGCGCAGGCUCAAAGCUAGUGCAUGGGGCAGUAAAGAGGGCAGUACGAUGACGGGUCUUUAUCCUCGGCAGCAUCCUGGGUAUGAGGACGAGUACUCGGAUGUGGGGAUCUAA